AUGGCAAAUACACCACCAACUAAAUUACAAAAUGAUGCCUUGUAUGGUAUGCUUUUGUUGGCUGAUUUCAGUUCAAUCGUUGGUUGCUUAACUGUGUUGUUGGGAUUUUGGAGAUUAAAGCUUUUGCGUAAUCAUAUCACCAGAGUCAUCGCUUGUUUUUGCGUGACUUCGGCCAUCAAGGAUUUCGUGGCCGUCACCCUAACCCUAUCCAAAUCAUAUGCAACCAAUAAAUUUGCUUGUUAUGUUUAUGCUGUAGAUAUUACAUUUGGUUCUUUUAGUUGUUGGAUGUGGACUCUUUGUCUUGCAUUAAGUAUUUAUUUAGUAUUAGUACGUACACAUCAUGAACCAGAAAGAUUGGAAAAGUUUUAUAUGAUUGCAUCAUGGGGUUUACCAUUGAUUAGUUGUAUUAUUAUGGUGUCGGUCGAUGGUCUGGUGAUGAAUGUUGGAUCGUGGUGUUGGAUUGGACAACAAUACCAAGGUUACCGUUUCGGUUUGUUUUACAUCCCCAUGUUUAUCAUUUACGCCGGUGCUGUGCUCUUGACCGGUUUGACCAUGUACUACACCUACACUGUCAUCUACAAGAAUGAGCAAUCGACUAAAAAGGCCGAGCAUCGUAAAUACCAAUUCAAGUUGGUCAACUAUAUCGUCGUCUUUUUGGUGUGCUGGAUCUUUGCCGUCAUCAACCGUAUCCUCAACGCCUACAACCUCAACAUCUACGCCACCAAUCUCUUGCACACCUACCUCAGUAUUUCCCACGGCUUUUACGCAUCGCUCGUCUUUAUCUACAACAAUCCAGUCAUGUGGAGAUACUUUGUGUCCAAGGUUCUGUAUCCCUUCAAGUUGCUCGGUCUCUUUACCGAAACCUACCACUACUACAACAAGAACAAGCUCAACAACAAUUCGGGUACGGGCAACGUCUCCACCGACAAGCCACACUCGGGUGCCAUGAAGACCUGCGUCGCACCAAGUUUUUCGGCUAUGGAGCGUGGCGAGUCCUUCUUUACCGACUCUGUUGAAAUGUCCAUGAUGAACUCUAGCAUAUCUCCCAAUGGAUCCGGUGUUGCUGAUAAUAUUGAUGUCGUCCCCGCUCCCGCCGCCUCCUCCUCUACCGCUGUCACUGUCUCUGUCACCAACAGUAACGACGAUAAUAACCUAAAUAAUAAUUCUGAAAAUAAUACUAAUAAUAACAAUGAUAAUAACGAAAACAUUCAUCAUACAUUUGACAGUGGAGGUGAAUCAGAUUAA